GUAGGAUUGAAAUGAUCCAAAAGUGAUAUCCGGUAACAAACUUCGCGCUUUGAGUUUGAGUUCGAGUUCAAGGGGGGAUUUGAAGAUGGAAAACUUCAUCCUGUAUGAGGAAAUUGGAACAGGACGCAAGUCAGUGGUUUAUAAGGGGAGGAGGAAAGGGAGCAUCAAUUUUGUUGCAAUUAUUUGCAGUGACAAGUCAAAAAGACAUGAAAUUACUAACCACGUACGGCUAACUCAUGACAUUAAACAUGAGAAUGUGGUAACCUUCUAUGAGUGGUAUGAAACCAGCAACCAUCUUUGGCUUGUAGUGGAACUGUGCACAGGGGGUUCACUGGAGUCAGUCAUCACCCAGGAUGAGUGCCUGUCAGAAGAUGUAGUGAGGGAAUUUGCCAUCGAUCUGGUCAAAGGCUUGAGAUACAUCCAUGAUGCUGGUAUCGUGUUCUCUGACCUCACUCCCUCCAAGAUCUUGUUGGAUGGCCCUGGCACUUUGAAGUACUCUAACUUCUGCCUGUCUAAAGCUGAGGGGGAGAAUCUGGAGGAGUUUUUUGCUUUAGUCACAGCAGAGGAAACCGGUGGAGGGGAUGGCAAAGAAAACACAUCAAGAAGAAAUAUCAAGAGCAGAAUCCAAGGGUCUCCAAUAUACUGUGCACCAGAGGUGGUCAAAGGGGGGGACCACAGUAUCAGUAGUGAUCUGUGGGCCCUGGGCUGUAUAUUCUAUGAGAUGUUUUCAGGAAAACCACCAUUCUUCUCCGAGACGUUUUCUGAGUUGAUUGAGCUGAUAUUACUUCAGGAUCCUCAAUCUCCAAGGCAAACGGGGGCUUCUUCCUGCAAGCCUACUCAAGACUUCCAAAGCCUGCUUAAAGGUUUGCUUCAGAAAGACCCUCAGAAGAGGAUAAACUGGACUCAGUUACUGGUCCACCCAUUCUGGAGAGGAGUGUUCUCUGAGGUCCACACCAGCGAGGAGGAGGAAGAAAAAGAAGAUGUCUCAUUCAGCUCCAGUGUGGGGAGGAGUGGUGUCUGUGCCUCUAGCCAGUCAUCAGCAGUGACACCUGUCUCAGUGACCUCCCAGGGACCAGGAGGGGGAUACAGAGGGGUACAGGGAGGGGCCGCAGGGGCAGAGGAGCCCGUCCGCAUGCACCCCAACAAAUCAUUCCGAUUAGACAACAUGACAGAGUUUAGACCAAAGAGUGCACUGGACAAAGAUACCAGGGAGUCCAUAUUCCUCCUCAGCUCUCGUCCAACUCCAAGAAUGAGUUGCACUGCAAGAGAUCCACCCAACAGGACACCAUUACCUCAAGACAGUGUGGUGGCCAGUGGUCUGAAUGACAUCAGUUACUGUAUAAAGGACCUGGUGUACACUGACUCUGACCUGGCAGUCACACCUAUUAUGGACAACCCAAAGAUUCUGAAGACCGCUCCAGUGCGAUAUGACCUGAAGACUUUGUGUGUCCGAGCAUACUCAGUGGAGAAGCUGUCCUGUCUGAGCUCUGAGGACUGGGGGGUGUUUCUGCAGCAGCUGUGCUCUUCUCUGGAGUCCCAGGCUGAUAAGACCACGGCGGCGGUCCGCUCCAAACUCAACCUCCUCUGCUAUCUGUGUACCAUAGCUGCCCACAAGGACACAGCUACCAGGCUCAUCAACUCCGAGCUGUUCCCUGUGUUGACCCAGCAGCUGCGUCUAGCACCUAACUGGGAUGUGAAGUUUAAGGUGAUGCGGGUGCUGGGGCUGCUGGCAUCCCACUGCACUGAGCUCAGAGAGGAGACCCCCGUCACUGAGGCUGUUGUCAUGUUCACGGAGCUGAUCAGGGAGAACUUCAGGAACAGCAAACUGAAGCAGUGCCUGCUGCCGCCACUGGGGGAGCUGCUCUACCUCAUCGCCACACAGGAGGAGAAGAAAGAGAACCCAGGAGAGCUGUGGGUUGUUCCUGCUGCCGCCUACACGGUGUUAAUGAGGUGCCUUCGGGAAGGGGAGGAGCUGGUUGUGAACCACAUGGUGUGUAAGAUGGUGGAGAACGUGUGUACCCCGGCGUCUCACUACGCCCAGGGCUUCAUCACCGGGGAGAUAGGCCCCAUGCUCUGGUACCUGUUCACACACUCCAGUGUCGACUCACUACGCGUCAGCGCCAUCUCAGCCCUGUGCAGAAUCACCCGCCUCUCAGCCAGUGCCUUCCACAGUGUGAUUGACAAGGUGGGGCUGCCAGCCAUCUUAGCCAGCCUGGUGUCGGGGAUCAGCCGUGUCCAGCAGCACAUACUCACCAUGUUCUCUGCCAUGCUGGCGUCAGGGGCCCACGCCCAGCUACACAGACUAGUCCAGGAGCGGGACUUUGUGGUGAAGAUAAUGCGUUCACUGGAGAGCCCGUCCUCUGUCAUCAGAGCCAAGGCCUUCCUGGUUCUCCUUCAGGUCCUCUGCAGCAACAGGGACAUGCUGCUACUCUGCUGCAACUCUAGACUGGUGAUGUACAUUGAAAGAGACAUCAGGCAGGCCACGCCAGGGAAGGAGCUACAAAGCAGCAAUGAAUACCUGUCAAAAUGUCUCCAUCUGCUCAUCCGUCACGUCGUGCUGCAGCUGCCAGCCAUUCUGGAUGACAUGCUGUCCGCGCUGGGCAGUAUAGUGGGCAGGAAGCAUCCCUCCACUGUUCAGGCCAAGCAGCUGAAACAGAGUGUACCUAUGAUGACUGUGGUGCUCCACCUCCUCACCUCUCAGAUAUUCCGGCCACAGGUUGUGACUGAGGAGUUUCUCUUCAAAUUUGGAGCACUGCUGAGUCACAUAACAUCUAUUGAUGCCAGUGAGACCAGUUUGGGCAGUGCAAUAGGACAAGCAGGUUCAGAGGAGCUGAUCAGGAACACUCUGUCAGCUGUGGAGGCCAUCACCCAGCACCCAGCCCUGCUGACGCCCCAUCACUGUCCUGUUGUUGAUUGCAUUCUUCCUCCACUGACUUCUCUUGCCUUCAGUAAAAAUGUGGAGUGGCGUAUCGUCAGCUUGCGUGUUCUGUCAGAGAUCACACUGCUGCUGCUGAGCCAAGAGGCCGUGGAGGAGGGAGAGGGGAGAGAGAGAGAGUGCAACUCUUCAACUGGCAGACUACUGACUCUCAUUACAGAAGCCCUUCUUCCACAGUAUGAAUCUCUCCUGUUGGAGCCAGACCCAAUCCCAGUCUACGCUCUCAAGCUGCUGGUGGCCCUCACAGAACACAGCAGCCCCGUCAACAGCCUGGUCAGAGACAGCAGGAUCCUACCUGUUGUCUUUCAAGUCAUGGCGGAGCACCAGGACAAUAUCCUGGGUGGAACCAUGCAGAAGGCCAUGGCUCUCCUCAGCAACCUGACUGGACAGAAAGACGUGGAUCUACAACCCUUCUACCAACAAGGUCUGGUGGAGGUGGUCUGCAGUGUCUUCAGCGAGGCAGCCGUCCUGUACGUGGAGAGAGAGGAGAGGCCUGGGAGAAAGAGUAGCCAUGAUCUCCUGUUGUCUCUACUGGACACUCUGCACAAUGUACUGACCAGCACAUCCAGAGUGGUGCGCAUUGCACUCCAGGGAGCUGAGUCCCAGGGAGAGACCCAGGCUGCAGAGGACCUCCUGCUCAUCAACAAACCUCUGACACAACUCACAUCCCUGCUCAUUCAGAUGCUGCCGUGUGAGGAUGUGGAGGUGUAUGAGGAGACCAGUCAGUGCCUGUCCCUGCUGAUGCAGCUGUAUGGAGGGGACAGCCCUGACUCCCUCAGCCCCCUGAACCUCCAGAGCCUCAGCCACGCGCUGCAGCUCCAGACCCAGCCUAAACAACACAGACUACUGCUCCGUAUCAUCAAACGCCUGAUCCCAGCUACUACAGACAGUUUGUGGUACAGCUCAGCUGAGGGUCAAGAGCUGGUCCAUGUUCUUCAGAGAAUGAGUCAUUCUGCCAGGUCCCAUGCUGAUGUUGCUGUGGUUUCACUGGCAGCGGAGAUCCUGACUGGGAUUAGAUUCUAGAAUGUUGAUUCAUCAGCAACAAUGGAUUGGCUUCGAGAAGGACAAUAAUUCACAUCAGUGAUCAGCAACAUAAACAGUGUCUCCAUUAUGGUGCCUUGCUCUAUAGCUUUAUAAUAAAACUAGCAUCCAUUGUGGUUUCGCUUUCCAUUCUAAUAUCACGUUACAAUAAAUUUAGAUUUUUUUUUUAGAGAUGUACUCUAAACUUGCACAAACGACACAUUUGCCCCCCCCCAUGUAGCCUAACGACCUGAAAACUAGUCAGUUCCAUAAACCACCAAGACAGAGCUGAAAUUCAAGUCCAUUUUUAUUGUUUAGCCAUGUCAUGACCAUGUCUCCAUUAAGCACAGCAGGCUACAAUAAUUAGGGAUUCUUUUCACCUCCUUGAACAGCUAUCAACUAAAAGACAUUUAAAAAAGAAACUGCUGCCCUCCCCACAGACCCUUUGGAACAGUUGUGACACUACAAACAGUGCACACUUAAAGCAAGAAAAUAUUUGGACCAUUUCCAAUUCUUGGUUUUAUACAAAAGCUACACAAUGUUACACUUGAUCAGAAUACAAUUCAACUGAUUAUUAGUGUUCUACACCAUAUCAUUUUAAUUGGAGCAUUACCACUAUAACUUAACACUACGAGAGACUUAAAAUGGAUACAAAUGAGUGCAGAAAAGACAGGCGAGUAUAAUAACAAGCUAUAUCAGUACCAUUACAGACUGAAGAAUCAUACAAAAUAAAAUGUAAAAAAAUACAGACCAGGGUUUUAAAUUCCAUCUUUAGAUCCACUCUUCAGCGUCAUUUUCUUUGAGUAACCCACUCCAGGAAUUCCUUUAACGCAGUUUUAACUCCCACAAAAGACCAGAACAAAGUUUUACUUCCACUCCACGUGUUCCCAUAGGAAACUCAGCUUUCAGUAGUGUGUCAGGCACUUUCUGAGAUACUAGCCCACUUUCAAAAACCUCCCAGCAACUUCUCCAGCCAAAUCACAAUGCAGGUUCAUUCAGAUCAGACGAUACACCU